CCAGCCGAGAUAGCGACCGAUUCAUAUAAGCUCCGCGCACACCAGUCCCGGUUCCACAACGUCGGCCAACCGGUACACUCGUCGCGUGGACCAUUUUAAACACGCGCUCGUGGGUCAAAUCUCUGUUACCAGUAGAUAGAGGUAAAAUAUACUAUACUCGAAAAAAAGCCGUCAAGUCGAUUCGUCGCGGGGGAGAAAAAGGAAUUGAUGGACCGAUAUUCCGUCCAAGAAGACAUUCGAGGAGUGCGCCCAACAAUUGUACAGCAACAGCAGGGGGAAGAGCAGCCGGGAGCGGAAGAUGAAGGACGGGCAGCCUCAGCAGAGCAUACCGGAGAGCAAGCACCUAGCGGGGGACGGCGUGCGCCUGAAGAUGCCCUUGAACCGGGAGAGCUUGUGGAUCGAGGGGGACGGGUGUAGCGUGGAGAUCCAAGUGAACCACGGGCUGGUGAGGGUGACGGGGGACGGGUGCCGAGUGCGCAUCGAGAGGAACCUCGGCCGCGUGGAUUACGUGGGCGACGGUGGACGCGUCUACCUUGGGCUCGGCUGCGACGCGGACACGGUCACGUACCGGGGGGACGGGGGUAUUGUCGAGGCGGGCAAUAAGGGCCGGGUGGCUGCAGGCGCCAGGAGGUCGCGCGUCGUGAGAAACGGCAGGCUCGUGGUGACCGAGGUCAAGGCUAAUGAGACCACCGGGGACGAGUGCUUGAGGAUACAGACGGGAGUCAAGCCCGGGGCUAGGAUCAGCAUCAACCUCAACGGGGUGAACGGCAAGUGCGUUAACAUCCACGGGACGACCUGCUGAUGAUUGGGUCGAGAGGAUUUUCUUUCUUUCUUUCUUUCUUUCUUUCUUUCUUUCUUUCUUUCUUUUCUAUUCUGCUGUACAGGUCUAUCAGAUAUUAUUAACUCUGCUAUUGUCACGACGGUAUUAUACAAUUUUACCAAGCCCUACCUUCCACGCCACUAGUGCCUCUACUUAUAGGUAUAUCUUUUACUUCCGUAUACGUACCUACCGUGUACUAAGUGUUUUGUGUGUUGUCGAGGUGUGACGUAAUUGUGAAUAACACACGUAAUCUCGGAGAGGACGGGGGGAAGUCCAUACCGAGACGACAAACAAGCUAGUGAUAAUUAUCGAAGCUGCGAGGGUGGGGGGGGGGGAAGGAAAAACAGCGGUAGCCAAACAGAUACAUAGCUACAUGGAUAUCGCGGGACGCAGUUGCAGUGGUAUGGAUCUGACGUGGUCGUCGAUGAUCUGGACGAUUGAUUUUUACGGGUGACCGCAGCUGGGUUUUAUUAUAUAUACGGUAUAGAGGCGGAAGUUGGAACAAAAAAAAAAAAAAAAAAAAAAA